AUGGCGCCUCAUGGCCCUCGACCAGCCGACCUAGCAUUGAAAGAGGCGCGCGAAGCUCAGCGCAGGCCUACACUCCCAUCGGCAAGCAGAGGCGACCGUAUCCAAGACACAUACUCAGCAUACGACGACUUUCCAUGGCAGAAGAUCGAGGAAUUUCUCAGAGUCAAAUGGCCCAAGUGGGAUUUUAAGCCGCAGAGGUUCAACGACAAGUGGGUUUUCGAGGUGCCUGAGGAACUAACGGAGACCUUCAAGAUGGCGUGUGCUAUGUCAGUGGAAUUCCAGAAGUCCUACAGUAAGAGCAGCGACUAUCCACAAAAUCUCAUGCCUAACGAAAUCCUCUCGAAUCAAAACAAGCUCGCUUCUUACAAGAGCCUUCUCGAUGUUGUCGAGCAUGAUCUGUGUCUCACGGAUAAGCACGAUAAUGUUGACGAUACUUUCGAGAUUCCAGUGAUCGACAUAGGCACUGCUGAUGGAAAAGGUUUGUUAAGACUUCCUCUGUUCGAAGAAAUGCUAAUUGAAGCAGCACGCAUGAAGCGGAACUUACAUAACCCAGGUAAAGUCACGGAAUGGCUCGGGGUGGAGAUCGUGCAAGACACAGUCAAUCCCAUCGUACAACAGGUUGUGGCUCGAAAACGAGACCCACGGUGCAGAUUCAUGUAUGCUCUAGCUCUCUUCUAA